UGGCAGACAGAGACGAUCCACAGACGCCAACAAGAAGAAGAAGAAGAAUCAGAGUCUGAAAACAGGAAAUAGUUAUCUUUACUGAAACCACAGAAGACUAAAAUCUGACAGAUUCGGAGGAACUCCUGUGUAAUAUCUGAAUCACAGAUGGAUUAUACCUGAAGACGAGCAGGGCAGAUAAACUCAGAGAUCACCGCUGAUCGGCUGGCGGCCAUCUUGGAGAGACGACACAGUGUCCAGCAGGGGCCCUCCUAGACCCGCCUCAGUCCCCGGCUGCAGCGACCCCUGCUGGGCAUCAUGGAGCCUGGAGCAGGCCGGCUGCCACUCCAAGUACUGGGAGAGAACGAGGCGCUGCAGCAGUUCUUCAGUGGUCAGGAUGUUAGUGGCGUGUUGGAUAGUUCUGUCGCCGUGGAUACGAGCAUCCUGGAGCAGUACCUCAGCAAUGACAUGGACCCCAACAGUUUUAUGCUCCCUGAGUCUCCUCCUGACUCGAGCUCGGAAGCUUGUUCACCUGCACAGUUACCAGACUUCCACUACGAGCCUUCCUAUUGGCCCAACCAGCAGACCAACCAGGAAGCGUUUCAUCCAACACAAUGGCCUCCUGCCUCUUCGUCCUGUCUGCUGUUAAGGAUCAAGGCCCCACCCCCGCCGCAACAUAAACUGCUGACCCACGAUCAGCUUCGCAGUCUGGGCCUCACUAACACCUACGUCAAGUCUGGGGUCUUACCUGCCCCUCCUGCUCCACUUGCCCCCCUGCACCAGCAGACACCUGAACACACACACUACCUGAGUCCAGACAACUGCCCGCAGGUUUACACCCCUCCAACACCUUCUUCCCCGCCACCGCCACCACCACCGACCCUCUCGAACAGCUACGCCACGCCCUGCGCUGCUCCGGGCCUGGUCCCACAUAUAGCCACGCCCCCUUCAACCUGCCUGAUGGGCCCCACCUCCACGCUACACAGCUACUCCCCAGAGAGUAAAAAGAGGAGGAGAUCUGAGUCUGAGGAACCAUCGGUGGGAGUCGAGGCGUCCUGCAGUGAGGCUGAAGGGACUCGAGGCGGCAGUGGAGGGAAUGGCGUGGGUGGUGGUGGAAUGAGUUUGGGAUCCUACCAGCUGCUGACUUGGGAUCAGUACAGGCUGGAACAUUGGAGCGCUUUGUACAACAGCAGCUACCAGACACUGUCUCCUCCUGCCUACCACGUCGACACAGAUAAAGGCUUCAUCUACUCCACAGCUGACGAGGCUUUCGUCUGCCAGAAGAAGAAUCACUUCCAGGUCACAAUUCACAUCGGCGUAGCUGCAGAGCCGCAGUAUGUCAAAACGCCCAGUGGGCCGCAGUUGAUCGACCACUUCCUGAUUAAAGUGUUCGGGGUUAAGCUGGAAUCUCCAAGCCACCAGGUGACCAUUGAGCAGUCUCAGCCCGACCGCAGCAAGAAGCCCUUUAACCCAGUCAGGGUGGCUCUGCCCAGCGGCAAAAUCACCAAGGUAACUCUCGGCCGACUGCACUUCAGCGAGACGACGUCCAAUAACAUGAGGAAAAAAGGCAAACCCAACCCCGACCAGAGAUACUUUCAGAUGGUCGUUGGUCUGUAUGCUGCAGUGGCAGGAGAGGAAACUUUCCUUAUUACAGCUCUGGUGUCAGAGAGAAUCAUCGUCAGGGCUUCCAACCCCGGUCAGUUUGAGACGGACGGGGACGCACUGUGGCAGCGUGGGGCGGUGCAGGACGCCGUGGUCUGUCAAGGCCGAGUGGGCAUCAACACCGACUCCCCCGACGAGGCGUUAGUUGUCUGUGGCAAUGCCAAAGUGAUGGGCGCCGUCAUGCAGCCAUCCGACUACCGCGCAAAGCAAAACAUACAGGAGGUUGAUUCUGAGCAGCAGUUGAAGAGAAUCACUCAGAUGAGAAUAGUUGAGUUUGAUUAUAAACCAGAGUUUGCGUCUACUAUGGGAAUAGACCACACCCACCAGACAGGUAUAAUAGCUCAGGAGGUGAAGGAGCUGCUGCCGUCGGCGGUGAAGGAGGUCGGAGACGUCAGCUGCUCCGACGGAGAGAAGAUUCAUAACUUCCUCAUGGUGGACAAGGAGCAGAUCUUCAUGGAGAACGUCGGGGCGGUGCAGCAGCUGUCGAAGCUCACCGACAACCUGGAGACCCGAAUCAUAGAGCUGGAGGUCUGGAACCGCCGACUGGCAAAGCUAAAGAGCCUGACAGGCAGCCUGCGCUCCACCGGGAAACCUAGAAAACACAGCAGCGUGUCGAUGUCGUCGAGUCCUGACGAUUGUAAGACCGGGAAAGUUCAGAAGGAAGGCUGGAGUCAGAAGUACAGACACUGUCUGCGGCAUAAAGUCUUCCAGGCCAGCGUCUUCACCCUGCUGACCACCAUGGCGUUCUGCGUCAUCUCUAUCACCGCUCUGUACCUACUAAACUUGAAGGAGGGAGACAUUGAUGCCUUUCCCGGCAUCAGUAACGGGAGCAUGGUUCCUCCGCAGACCACAUCCUGGAGCAGCACAGUUACACCGACCAGUAUACCCGGCCCCUGGCCACCAGACGUGGACUUCUGUGACCUGCUGUACUGUGAUCAGGUGUACUGCUGCACUCCACCAACAGGGGGCAGCACAGACUCCAACGUCACCUCCACUGAAUCAGCUGCAGCAGAAAAGUCUAAUAUGACAGAAAGAAGAAGAGAAAAACUUUAUCACCAGCUGAAAAGUGCCAGAGACU